AUGAGCAGGAAGAAGAAUAUCCUGAAGCACUUGCGCUCUGGCUUAUAUCGUACAUCAACAAGAACUAUUCUUUAUGGAUUCAGCUUACUUAGUGCAAAUAAUUCAGCAAACAGUAAUGAUGGUGAUGCAGUCCUGUUGAACGUUCGCUUUGUUCCAAGCACUGAAAAUCUCCACUCGGAAUUUUGCAAAGUUCCUAAACUAAGUUCGCCAACUGAUGAAGGUUUGGCAACAACCAUUAACCAAGGAAGUUCAAAUCAGCAUUCGGUUAUCAAAGACAAUAUACAAAUAAAAGACGGUGAAAGCAUGCAAGGACCAUCUGUUAUGAUUCAGUCGAAUUCUUAUAAUUUUAACCCACUUCACAUUGAUAUUGAUAAUUAUUUGCUCGCAGUACGUGCAGCAGUCACUGGUGACGCACUCCAUUUGUUAUACCUGACCAAUGUUUUGAAAGUGUCUGUUAAUGCAGCGAAUUUGCAAGGAAUGACUUUACUUCACUGGGCUACUGCAAAUGAUCACGUCGCUAUUGUUCAACUAUUAUUGAGUCUUGGCGCCAAUUCCCGACUUAUUACCAAAAAAGGUCGUUCUGUACUCCACACCGCUACUUAUAAUGAUGCCGCACGUUGCUUAAAACUGUUUCUAGAAAUUUUUUUUGAACAAGAAAAGAUGCGUGACUUUAACGGCGAUAAUUUAUUGCAUUUGGCAUGCAGACUGCGCAAAAAACGUUGUUUAAAAAUUAUAAUAAGUUUCAUCAUAAAAUAUUUCGGAUGGAUACUAGUGGAAGAGAUGCUGCAACAGUGCAAUCAAGACAAUCAAACACCAGUACAUGUGGCGUGUCUUUGGAAUAGUGUAGAAGCCGCAAAUUUGUUACUUACUGAUAAUCUUAAUAAAAUCUUUCGCAAAGUCUAUAAUUCCGUGAAAGGAUCUGUCGCUGUAGUUGCUCUUAAAAUGGCAUCAAAACGAACGCUGUUCUGGCGAAUUGGACGAGGCACAGUGCUGCACGAAAUGGCGACAAUGAAGUGCGGUUUUGCUUGUUUCACUAAAAAUUCUUCAUCUUUAUUGGAAUAUGAUAAUAAACUGGCAGCAUGUACGAUGACUGAAAUUUUCGAAAAAAGAUGUCCUGAAUGUGAAAAAGCACGGUUGGAGGUAAUUAAGAUAAUUAUGAGGUGCUGUCCUGAGCUUGUCCUCUUGCGAGAUGUGUUUGGACAAACAGCGUUGAUGUGUUCAGUAAUCAGUGAUGCAGUUUCACUUACUAAAGCUCUUUUGGUUUAUAAAGGUGGAAGAAAGCAAUGGUUAAGUAAGCAAUUGAAGUCUGUAGAUCCGGAUUUCCGCACAGCACUGCAUCAUGCAGCGGCGGGAGGUAGAGUGCUUCAAGUGGUGCUACUUUUGGAAUGUGGUGCGACAGUAAAAGGACAAGACAGUUAUGGUGCAACUCCGAUGCACUAUGCUGCUGUCCGUGGAUUCUGUGCUACACUUAAGCUCUUGUAUAAAGCUAAUAAAUAUGAUGAUGAACUCCGUACAAAUGAUGGUCACAGCGCAUUUAUGUGGGCAGCAAUGCAUGGUGUCAGUAUCUCGAUACAUACUAUGAUCGACGCAAAUCCAGUAGUAAAUCAGGAGGACUGUGACAGUUAUGGUUGCACUGCACUUCAUUUAGCUGCAGCAGGUGACCAUGUUGAGGUCAUCAACACGUUACUCUUGCUUAAAUGGAAUGCUGAGAAGCGAAACAAACUUGGUGAGACUCCUCUUGCAGUAGCGGCAAAAAGUGGUAGUGCAGGAGCUGUACUGUGUUUUCUUCACGCUGGUGUUGACUUCUUCAGUCAAGACAAGUUCAACAACACAGUUCUUCAUAUGGCGGCAAAUUCAGAUAGCAAGAAGGAAACCCUCCAUCAACUUCUUCAUUAUCUAAAACAUUCAUCUUUGUUAAACAUGCGAAAUAAUAUGGGCCAAACUCCACUACAUUGCGCUACUGAACAUAAUGCCCUGCAAUGCGUACGAUAUUUGUUAGAAUGUGGGGCAGAUCCUCUGAUAAGGGAUAAUCGUGGAUGGGAUCCUCUAAUGGUUGCAGUACGACAAGGUUGCUGGUCUACAAUCAUUUUAAUGCUGAAGAAUUCAUCAAAUAUCAAUUGCUAUUCGGCUGCUGACAAUCAAACAACGUUAUCACUAGCUCUAGAAAGGAAAAACUAUAUUCUCGCCUCAUUUUUAGAAAAAAAUGGCGCACUGUUGGCUAGUGAAAUACAGGAUACGGCUGCACGAAUGUACGACUUAUUUCUAGCGGAUUUUUACGCAGACUCAUAUCCUUAUUUUAAUUCGGUUCAUCAAAACUAUCAACUACCACUUAAUGAAAAGCCACACGAAUUCAACGUUGGUAUCGCGGCCGAGUCACUUCUCGAUGUCACCGGCAUUCAACACAAACACACAUACUUGAUGGAAUCGCCUUUUCUUCAUCAUCACAAUAACACUCACUUUAUAGUUGCAGAUAUUUGCUUUCAUGAUAUUUCCGGACGGAUCUAUAAUGUUUAUCACAUUUCAUACUAG